AUGUCGUCGUUUUUCACAUUACCCGCUUCCCAGCGGAAACGCAAGAGAGAGGACCGCGCUGGAGCCCCGGCGUCAAAGAAACGGGGUGUCGAUGCGGAUGGAGAUGUGCGCAAGAAGAGCGGAAAGAAAACUACGGAACGGGACGAGUCAAUCUCUGGAAGCGACCUGGACGAGGAUGCGGAGAGCGUGGCAUCGGCCGCCUCAGAAGAGGAGAGUGGCUCGGACUCAGAUGAGGGAGAAACGGCCGCAGAUCGAAGAAUGAAAUUAGCGGAGCGAUACCUAGACAACGUUCGGGAUGAGGUAGACGAUUACGGUUUCGAUGCUGCAGAGAUUGAUCGGGAUCUGAUCGCAGAGAGGCUGAAAGAGGAUGUGGACGAAUUCAAAGGACGAGUAUAUCGUCAGAUUGCUUCCGACUUAGCCUUCCCAGCCGCCUCACAUGCGUUCUUCAGAGCAGAUACGCAAACGACGACUUCGAUUGCCGUACACUCGCCAUAUGUUUAUACGGUAUCCAAGGACAAGACCUUGAUCAAAUGGGAGCUUGCGACACCCGCCGCAGAAGGCACUUCUACAGCAAACGGGGCAGAGUCGACAUCAAAGCGGCCUCCCCGACCUCAGCGGAAGAAGCCGAAACAAGUGCGCUUUACAAGAGGUUUACAGAAGAUCGCGGAGAGCGCAGAAGAGCAGGGCCAUACCAAAAACAUUUUGUCGGUGGCCGUAUCUCCUUCAGGGAAGUUUGUUGCUACCGGAGGGGAGGAUAAUAAGCUCAUAAUUUGGGAUGCUGCAACUUUGACACCUGUGCAAACCUUUUCACAACAUCGCGACUCCGUCAGCGGGCUAGCCUUUGCUCGCCACAUCUCUACUAUGAGUUCGGGCGAGCAACUAUUCUCUGGCUCGUUCGAUCGAACCAUCAAGACCUGGUCUAUUAGCCCCGCUGGUCACGCUUAUGUUGAGACACUAUUCGGCCACCAAGACAACGUCGCAUCGCUGGCUGCGAUGACGAUUGAUCAGUGUAUCAGUGUCGGAGCCCGUGACCGCACAGCGAGACUCUGGAAGGUUGUGGAAGAGUCUCAGCUAAUUUUCCGAGGUGGCUCGGCCAAAAACUCUUACCAAGAGAACAAUAUCGACUGCAUCGCACCUUUGCCUCCUUCUCACUUCGUCACCGGCUCGGACAAUGGCUCCAUCUCAUUAUGGUCUAUCCACAAGAAAAAGCCCGUUUACACCGUUCAUCAAGCCCACGGUUUUGACCCUAUUCCACCCUCGGAGGAGCAUUCCCCCGAAGCUGAUCGGCAGACGGCCGAGUCAAAUGCGCGUUAUCUCAGACCCACUCCUCGCUGGAUUACCGCCUUGACGACGGUUCCCGGUACAGAUAUUGUCCUCAGUGGCAGUUGGGACGGUUGGGUGCGGGCAUGGAAGAUAUCAGACGAUAAGCGAACAAUUCAACCUCUAGGACCUGUCGGCGGAGGUACCCUGUCCACAGAUGGUCCAGAUACCCCAUCAAAGCAACUAGAGCAAAACCUUGCAUCCGCCGACCCAUCCCACAGACAGAGCUUAACCGGGCCCCAAGAAGAGGCUGAGCCUCUUGUGAAGGGCGUCGUCAAUGACAUCGCAGUCUUUGAACGUCGAGUAGAGACGGCAAAACCAAGCCAAGUGCCAUCUGAAUCGAAAUCGAACUCGAACACUACAUCACCCGAAGCGCGCGGUCUUUGUAUCGCCGUCGCCGUAGGGAAAGAGCAUAGGUUCGGGCGUUGGAAAUGUUAUGGAAACAACUAUCACAAGGGGCCGACUUCGGAGGGCCGAAAUGGCGCUAUGGUUUUCGAAGUCCCAUUCUCAUCUGAUAAACUUGGUAAAGCGGAGGAAACCGUCUGA